UGAUGGGAACCCCUAAGGGGCACUGCUGGCCGACCUUCAAACUGCACCGAGGUGCAGGCAGCUUGGCCAAGCGAGGGCACAGCUGGCAAGUGACGGGCGAGGGUUGCUGGGGGUGUGCGAAGGCGCACACCUGCAGGAUGUGACAUGGACGAGUCGGGCAGGCGGCCCGAAGCAGACUGGCAGGAGAGGAGAGACGCGGAGGCAGGUUCAGACCAGACGCGCAGGCCGGGGCAGGUUUGUGCAGCUCCUGACACAACCAGCAAGGAGGAGCCGAGGAGUGCUCCAGGAGGCGAGGCCCAGAGACCAGCAGAGAGGGGCCCGGGGCCGGAGGGCAGGCUGCAGAUAUGUGAGCUAACAGAGAGAAGAAUUUGCUCCCAGGAAGCUGUUUCAGGACUUGAGGAUGGAGCCCUUGGGCAGAGAAGAGGAGACCUACAUCCUGGUGGAAUAUGCUUUUGAGUACACCACCAAAGAAGGGCGUCUCGUGUCGAUCAAGCCCAACGAGCGGUAUGUCCUGCUGAAGCGGACGAACGACCACUGGUGGCACGUGAGGAAGAGCAAAGGCAGCCACCCCUUCUACAUCCCAGCCAAAUACGUCCGGCAGCUGCCCGCUGCGGCCCAGACGGAGCUGCCUUCCGAACAUCUGCCCCCCACAACCCUGCUGGAGAAGGCAGACUUCCGGGUCUCUGUCGGGGUGAGCCAGGAACAGCCACCCGAGUACGAAUAUCGGUUUGUGAGCGCUGCCCCCACAUGUGAGCUUCCAAAGCCAGCUGCAGAUGAACCCAACCAUUCCUCCCGAGCCCGUUCGGCCUCUUCGCAGGCAAGACUGGGGGUCCCUCUCGGUGUCCCCAGAAGGGCCCUGCCCUCCACCUCUGGAGGACUGAGAGACAGCCACGCCGGUCUGAGCGCCUCCCACGGCUGCCUGAAGCCGCACUGCCCAGCUGGGCCCAGCUCUUCCUGGGCGGGCUGCAACUGGUCUGUGGAACACAUCAGACCUACGGUGUCCCUGGACGACCUGGCCAGGUUCACUCCUCACAGCCAUGCAGGCGCCGCGGACUCGGGAUUGCACAAAGCGGCUUCGUGGGGCCAUCCCCGUCCGCUGCUCAAGAGCCGCUCUGAAUCCUUCUGCCAGCCAGGUGAGGAGAGAACAGAGCCGGCCACAAAGGAGGCAGCCACAGAUCUCUGCGGAAAACAGACAGAUACGAAAUCAGCGCCGGAUCCCAUCUACGUGAAUCUCCAAGAGCUCCAGAAAGAACUGAGUGCAGCUGCAGCUUCCAGCGCGGACUGUGCCCUUCAACGUUGUCUUGGCAGCCCCCUGCCUAACUGGCAGACCCACAUAGACACGGAAAGCGGCCAAGUGUUCUACUACAACCCGGUGACCAGGCAGACGACGUGGGAUUAUCCGCUUGACGGCUCCGUCGAGGCUGCCAGUCCCACCCACUCGCGCUCCUCUUCCCUGACUUUCAGCCCUGCUCCGGCGUGGGACCAGUAUGUAGACCAAGUCAGUGGGCAGGUGUUCUUCUACAACACAGCCACAGGAGAGAGGUCGUGGGAUGUGCCCCAGGCAGGAGACACUCCCAGCUAUCCAGAGAUGCAGCCUGCAAUUUCUCCCUUCAGCCCUGUGGAUCGGAGGCCUCCAACUCCAGAAACUGACUACCCGGACCUUUCCCCUGACGACCUGGAGCGCUACCCUGAAGAGGAUUAUUCUCCCGUGGGCUCGUACGAGCAUCCGGCCUUCUCCUACGUUCCUUCGUCCUACUACAGCUGUGGCUCCUGCGGCACACAGGAUGCGCUGGCAGUCGACUCGGUCAUGGUACCCGUCUCCUGCCGUCACCACCACAGCACUAGCAGUGGAUCCAGCCUGGGCAGUAGCCCCUUUGGGAACUGGUCGAGCAACCAGUCAGCUUUCUCUCCUCCAAGGGAGGAGGAGCAGUUCAAGAUCCUUGAAAAGGCAGGAGUGCUUCACCGGACCAAAACAGCUGAGAAAGGGAAGCGCCUGAGAAAGAACUGGAGUUCCUCGUGGACCGUUUUGGAAGGGGGUGUCUUGACGUUUUUCAAGGACUCGAAGCAUUCCUCUUCUGGCAGCGUGAAACAUCCCUCUGCGCUGAGCAGCCCGGAACACACAGUGGAUCUUCGUGGAGCAGUUCUCUCUUGGGCCCCCAAGGACAAGUCCAGCAGGAAACAUUGCCUGGAGCUCUUCCGAGCUCCUCCGGCUGUGACCGGAACGUCGUGA